AGCUACCUCGUUCGGUUUGUUCGUGACGUGUAUUGCCAAGAGGUCCCUCAAAUUGUGAAUGCUGCUAAUAUGAAGUUGUCUAAUUUUGUUGUCGAUGAUAUUAAGUGAUAGCAGGAAGAGAGAUUAAAUCCCUCACCGUUCUGUAAUUAGUGUUUUGGAAGCCAUUAUGCCUCUGUUGGUGAAUGGAGGAGGCGGUCGGGCUGUUAAAAAUGUGAUGAACCUCUUGUUUCCGCUCGUUCUUGUGUUGUUGUUGUCGGUCGGAGUUGCUGCAACCCCAGAGGAGGACAAACCAGUUCAGGAGCACCCCCCAGCAGAGAAAGCCACAACCCCCCAUCCAGUGGGCCCGGUCGCCCCUGAAAAUGACUCCAGCAAAGGAAACCUGGGUUUUAUUCACGCCUUCGUGGCCUCUAUCUCUGUCAUCAUCGUCUCUGAGCUGGGAGACAAAACAUUCUUCAUCGCAGCCAUCAUGGCAAUGCGUUACAACCGGCUCACCGUGCUGGCGGGAGCCAUGCUGGCGCUGGGACUCAUGACUUGUCUCUCAGUGUUGUUUGGCUACGCCACUACUAUCAUCCCCAGAAUCUACACAUACUAUGUGUCAACGGCUCUGUUUGCCAUCUUUGGCAUACGGAUGCUGAGAGAGGGGCUGAAGAUGAGUCCAGACGAAGGCCAGGAGGAGUUGGAGGAGGUGCAGGCCGAGAUCAAGAAGAAGGAUGAGGAGCUCCAGCGGACCAAGCUGGUGAACGGGGCCAUGGACGUGGAGGCCGGAUCAGGGACCACGGUUCCUCAGAAGAAGUGGCACAGUUUCAUCUCGCCCAUCUUCAUCCAAGCGCUCACGCUCACCUUCCUGGCAGAGUGGGGCGACCGCUCACAGCUCACCACCAUCAUUCUUGCUGCUCGGGAGGAUCCUUUUGGAGUGGCGGUGGGCGGCACACUGGGUCACUGUUUGUGUACAGGAUUGGCUGUUAUAGGAGGGAGAAUGAUCGCACAGAAAAUAUCUGUCAGAACAGUUACAAUCAUCGGAGGGAUCGUUUUCCUGGCGUUCGCUUUGUCUGCCCUCUUCAUCAAACCAGACGCCUAAUGGGACAAAAGACUUUCAGGUUUCUCUGUACAUAAAAAUGUCAAAUGUGCUGAUGUUGCUGUAGAGAGACUUUAAAUUUGGUUCUUUAAGUGUCCUCGUCUCCUCCUGAGCUACCAGCUCAGUGUUUUAUCUUCCUGGGGUUUAAAAACGCUGAUUUCGGAGCAUGUAAUGACGAUUUCUGAGUGCACACCAGAGACUCAUGGGAGAUGUAGUUAUUGAAUGCCAGCUUAUCAGGGUUCUUCCUGAGUAUGUUCUUUGUGUCAGAUCCUAAACCCCGAAGAGAAAACACAGAGUUCCAGUGGCUGGUGAGGAGAGAAGUCAGGGCUGUGGCUCUUUGUGGGAGCUGUGUUCUCAUCAUCAGGUGUGUGACUGAAAAUCGACAGGAUUGUUACUGAGUGCUACCCUUUGACUCUUCUCCAGAAGCUUCUCUGGCUCUGAUAAGCAAGUACUUCCCUCCUUCUCAGUCAGACACUGAGGCUGUGUCAUUUUUCUUUGUUUUUAAAUGUUGAUGCAUAAUUUUCAUCUAUUUUACCUGUGCCCAGGUGACUGUUGAUAGAAGAGAAAACUUCCACCUCCCUGUAACCUUUAAAUUAGGGGUCGACCAAUCAUGCCUCUGCACCGAUAUUUGGAAUUUUGCCAAUCAUCGGCGUUUUAUUCCAUGGAUAACUGAUAUGAUUAAUCAAUUAAAGCGUCCUCUGCUUUGGCUUCUGGCUCAGCUCUGCUUCACACUGUCUCACCUAAUGCCCCGCCCACAAGACUUUCUGAUAGGCUAAGAGGUCACGUGAGUUCCCGCCAAUCAACAUAGCAGGCCAGUGUAAUAGGAGCAGGCUGGAGCAAUGCAGAGCCUGUGGUGUGUCACUCUCACAGCGGUCAUUUCUGAAGUUAAAACAUGACGAUCCUCCACGCUGAAGUUCCAGAAACACCACCCUCUAACUCCCAGAUCCGGGACAAGUCUGUGCAGUUUGUCUGUUAAACCAGAGGAAAUGACAAUGGUUAACUAUUUCGGCACUGCGUUAUUCUCGCUGUGGUUUAAAAUCACGUUUUGAGCAGCGCCCAGCGUGGGGAAUGUGAUGUUAUUCCUCUGUUUGAGAUCGCGUUUUUUCAUCUUAUUUAACGCCACAUUAGCCGACAAUGAUGUUUAAUGUGGAGUCUUACAAUGUGUUAGAAAAAGUCUUGUGCAGGCUCUAAAACAGUGGUUUCUAACCAUUCUCCUUGAAGCCCCCCCUUAAAUGCACCUCACAAAAGUAGAGCCCCCCCAGGAUCCAAAGAGGGAAGGAGAAGUGUCACACAGCCAUCAAAAAUCAACAUAGAUUUAAAUUGUUCCUCUGAUAAAAUCCCUAAAAAGGCCUUUGCAUGCUUUUCUGAAACUACUUAAUAACUGCUUUCAUGGUUUUAGUCAAUAUUUGCUAAUCUAAUUUUGAAGCCUCAGAGCUGCCUCGCGCCCCGCUAAGAUCUUUGCCCCCCUCCGGACACCAGGUUGGGAACCAGUGUUCUAGAGCAGUGGUUCUCAACUGGUUGAGUCCCGGGACCCACCAUCAACUCCUCAAGGAGAAGUGUGACCCAAAUAGUAGAGCUUGGGCCUAGGACGGUACCAAAGGUGUAACUAAACAAUGAAACAGGACAAAUCAUGCCUGUUUUUAGAGUCUCAUAGGAGGGCUGACGAUUUGGGAAAAUAAUCUAAUUGUGAUAUUUUUUUUAUAUUGCAAUAGGAAAUGCAAUUAUUCCUUAAGUUCCUCAUGUUAUGUAUUUUCUAACAAACAUAAGCAAUAAAUCCUUAUCUGUUACAACCAACACAAUAUUAGACUAAACAAGGGCUAAACAAUUUUGAAAAAAUACCUAAUUGUGAUGGUUUUGACUUGUAUUGCAAACGAUAGAAAUUGUUGUAUUGUUAUUCUCAUAUGUAAUAAGAAAAAAGGAUAAAAAUGAAGAAAAUAGGAUUUUUUUGUAGACUAUUCUAAAAAGUGGCACUUCAGUGGUUGCAUAAUUGUGUAAUGUGUAACAUCUCUGCAGCAAAAAAGUUUUAAACCUGUAUUUUGACACAACUAUUGCACCUUCUGCUAUUUGAAAACUGCAGCAGACCAUACUGCAAUUUAAUCUCAUUUUGGAUUAGUUGCCCAGCCCUAUCUUAUGGGCAAUUUGGCACAAUUUUUUCCUAGGCACACAUCCCGCGACCCGCUGGGCCCUGACCCACAAGUUGAGAACCACUGUCCCAGAUGUCUGCCCUCUGACAGACUAGUGAAUUUUAGAGCUCCCUGUUAACAGUAACGUGCAGAAAAAAAUGCCCUAAAGUGGAAAUUUCUGUUUAGUUGCUUAAAUGGGAUAGCUUGCAGGUGCUUAAUGCAUCGUCUACCUGCAUAUGACCUCACUCCAGAUUUAAGAGGGUAAAACACGGCCUUAUAUGAAAAAUAAGGGUUCAUUUCACUUAGUUAAUUUUUAACUUGCUGAUUCAGAUUAUUAUUAUGAAAGUCUACAAAUACAUUGAUGUUCUACUGUAAUUAAGAGAUCCCUCUUAAUAAGCUCCUUAAUCACCAGUAACAUAUAAGUGAUUUAAAUAUGAAUGUGUCAGUAGUUAUAAUCUAGCUGUGCAGUAUAUUUUUCUGAAAUGCAGUUUUUUUUCACAUCCAAUACAUUUUGUUUGCCAUAUUUACACUUUAAUAAUAAUAAUAAUAAUAAUAUUUACACUUUGAGAAUUGGACUUAUAUUUGUAUUUGGACAUUUUUACUGCUGCUUUUACUGGAGUUGUAGGCACUAACGUUAUUUGUUGAUACAUAAAUGAACUGUUGAAUGUAAUAGAUCUAUACCAAUUCAAAUUAAAAUGUUUCACUUUAAGUUUUUUGGGAUAUUUGCCGUAAGUGACUAUUGGUUUCAAAUAUCGGUUAUCGGUUUCAUGAGCAACUAAUCAGUCCCAAAACCCAACACUGGUCGACCCCUGGUUUAAAUAUUAAAACACAGAGGACAGAACCGGCAGCACAAAAUGAAUUUAAGUUGCAUUUUUAUGUAAAGCAGAGACGAAGAUGAAUAUUUCCUUUAGUUAAUGUAGGAGCAGUGUUUUUGGAGCGACCUAAACCACUGAAUACCUCUGAGAGUAGACUCAUGCGGGUCAUGUCUGAGACCCCUAAACCUUUAGAAAAGAGCCCAGAUUUCCUCUUUUGUUGGAGCUGAAGUGGAUCUCUUCACACACUAAUAACUCAGUGGACCUCUAAGAAUACUUCUUAUUCCCUGUUUCUGCUCGUCAUUUUUUUAAAGGCUGAUAAAGGCCAGUAAUCUCAUAUUAACUCAUCCUCAUGGUUUUGGCCUUAUUUUUCUCCUCUGCUGCCCCAGAAUCCCAAAAUCAAACUCUACUUUUGGUACAGAAUGAAAGACCUAAAACAGCAGAUUGUUCCUUUAAUUGUUCUAGAUAAAAUCACUCCUCUAGAGAGAAUGAGCUGUGUGUUAGCUAGCCUGAACACAGUGGUGUAAUUGAACUCUGGGUUUAUUUAAAGUGCUCUAUAUUUAUUUAGCUCUACGUUUUUCUGUUUUAACGUUCAUGUACUGUAGAAUCAGAGCGAGGAGGUCAGUAGACAGGAGAAAGGAAAUAUUUUUAUAGGUGAUUGUCAAUAUUUGACAGACUCUGCUCAGCUGUGAAUAUUUCUGUUUGUCGGCUGAAACGUGUAAAAAUCCAAAACACUCAAUAAAAAUGUUUCAUGUGUCA